ACGUGUGGCAGUGAACGAGCAUUGUGUGACGUGAGUGGUGGCAGGUUAGUCAGUCGGUCAGUCAGGUGCUCCAGAGUCUCCGAGGAGCAGGAGACGAUUAAUCAGUGGGACUCCAGUCAGUGUGACGAUCAGACAGGAGCAGUCAUGAUGGCGAGCACCGAGAUCAGCCCCGCGUGGCCCGCCUUCCCGGCCCGCCUGAUGGCUCUGCCUGCUGUGAACGACGCCUGUGGCCUCGCCGCCCACUUGUACCAGAGAUCCAAGGAGUACAGGCAGGUGGGUGCGGCCCUGGGCAUGGCGGAGAACUCCUUGAAGACUGCGGUGACUAAGGCGGCGCCCUUAGCUGAGCCACUGCUGAGAUACGCGGGCCACCUCAAGCCCCUGGAUGAGUGGGCGUGCCGUCGGCUGGACGAUGUGGAGCGGAUGAUGCCCGUUGUCACCAAACCUUCCUCGGAGGUGUUGCGGGCCACACGUGAGGGCGUCCUUUGUACCCUGGCAGGGAAGAGUGAUCCACCAGCCUCCCUCUCCGCCGCCGUCCGUUCCCGCGCCGCCCGCCUUGUGGAGCAGACGCAGGCCAUCAAGGAGAGGACUGUGGCAGCCGGCAUCGUCCCGCACCGCGCCCUGGACGCCGCGCACGACUUGCUGGACCACUACCUGCCGGAAGAGAAGAAAGACCCUAAUGAGCCUGACGUGCGUGAAGGAGGCGUGUGCGUGAAGACUGUCGCCUUGGCCACCAGGACAAGCCGUGGUGUCUGCCGCGCCGCCCACGAACGCCUCCACGCCUCGUGCCCCUUGGAUCCCACACCCUCCCAUGUGGCGAUGGAGUGCGUGCACCUGGUUCGCUACAGGUGGCAGCGAGGGGCAGGUGAGGAGGUGAAACAACUGGAGAUGCCGCAGGUCGUGGCCCCAGUGUUGGUGUUGGCUCUGAGGCUGACCGGGGCCUUCCUCCACCUCCUGCUGACAGUGAUGAUAAUCCUCGUCGGCAAAGUGAACGCCGCUUGUUUGAAGAUGUCGCAGAAGUGUGAUGGGAAACGUGUAUCGCCGCUCACUGAAGACGAAAAAAUCGCCUCGAGUAAUGGACAACGGGAAAAAUUUACUUAGUUAAUUUACGUAAUUACCCACGUAUCAUUGUUUUGUUCACAAUUUGAGCAGGAAUCGGGUGCUAUUCUCACCCGCCCCUGACCAUCCAUGUUUCCUUUUUGAAGUGUAUUUUGUUGUUGUUCGGGAAGUUAAUAUGAUUACUUCUUACAUGCAUUUUGUGUAAUAAUAUACAUAUUUGAAGAUGUUUCCUUUAUAUAACAUUAGCCUCUUGGGAUUUGUUUUCGGAUUAUUUAAAUUAGAUGUUAUCUUCUC